AGGCGGGGCUCUGCGCGCGCUGGUCACGCGGCCCGGUGUUGACACUUCCGGGUGGGACCAAAGUGAGGCGGCGGGGCAAAGGCUGGCAGCUCCGGCGCAACCAUGGCGUAUCACGGCCUCACGGUGCCUCUCAUUGUGAUGAGCGUGUUCUGGGGCUUCGUCGGCUUCUUUGUGCCUUGGUUCAUCCCUAAAGGUCCUAACCGGGGAGUUAUCAUCACCAUGUUGGUGACCUGUUCAGUUUGCUGCUAUCUCUUUUGGCUGAUUGCAAUUCUGGCCCAACUCAACCCUCUCUUUGGACCACAGUUGAAAAAUGAAACCAUCUGGUAUCUGAGGUAUCAUUGGCCUUGAGGAAGAAGACAUGCUCCACAGUGCUCAGUCUUUGAGGUCACGAAAAGAGAAUUCCUUCUAGAAGCAAAAUCACCUCCAAACCCAGACCAUCUUCCUUGACUUGCCUAUUUUGGGCAUCAGCUGCCUUAAAUACACACACCACAUUUGAAUAUCUACUCUACAAUGCAGUAUUUUUUUUCCUUCACUUUUUUACCCUUCGAUGAAUUAUGUGCCUAUUUAACCUGAACUGUGCUGACUCUACAAAAUGUUUAUGCACUCUUCUGAGACAGAAGACGCUCUUCUGAGAAAUAUGUUGCUCUCUCCUUGGAAUCUGUGGAUUUGAAGAUGGCUCCUGCCUUCUCACAACAUUGGAAUCAGCGAAGUGUUUAAAAACUGCUGCAAGACAAGACUCCAGUGGGGCAGUCCGUGGGCGAGCAUGAUCAGAGCGAAGACAUGUCCCAACAGAAUUACACCGAACUAUUUUCAGGAUAAAUUUCUUAUUUCUGCCAUCUUUUGGAAUAAAUUAUUUUUCUGCUUUCUAUGGAAA